GCAAUAUAUAAACAAGUUGGCGGUAAAGAUGGAGCCCGUGGAGAGCGGACUGUUACCGAAAGAUGAAACAAAUCAGGAGUACAGAGUGCAAGUCACGUCCAAGAAACACGUGAUAGGACAGAUAAAUAAAUAUAAAGACAUUUUGAAGACAGCUUUUGACGGACAGCCGGAAGAUUCCGAGGAGACGAAGCGAGUUUUACUGCAGGAGCUGCUGGCGAACUUUGAGGCAGCCGUCCAGGACAACGUGUUGGUGAACGGACAGCCGUGGGAGGAGGCACCUGAUGUUGAAGCCGAGGACGAGGCGAUGGAUCUGGAAAGCCUGCUGGAUGACACCAUAGUCGAGACCACCAGGAGGCGCCGCACGUACCCGAAAAAGAUCCUGCCUCAUGUGGUCCACUCCCUCAAAGCUGAGCGUAAACUCAUGGGGCUGUACGAGCACGCGGUCAAACCUCAAGAGCUGCUCAAAGAUCCUGGUCAAGAGAGCAUCAUGAACGACUUGUCAGCAGCAGCUCCUGUGAUGGUGAAACAGGCCAUCCAGGUCAUAAAGUCAAUCAACACUCUGCAGAAACAAGCCGAAGGCCUCUGUGAGAUCCUCGAAAUGAAACCGAGUCACGCCACUCUGGAGAUCCACCGAGAAGUGUUCGGCUUCGACGGCCAAUCGGACGCGCCGCCGCCUCCUCCUCCUGCGAGGAGCAGGCGGCCAAUCAUGAGAUCCGUAGAGGAGGCAGCAGCCGCGGACUGCUACGUGCCUCUCGACAAACCAGAGUGACACUUCCUGCUUCCGUGAGCACACGCCAGUGGAGACGCUGUGAUGUUCUGGACUCGUACGGUUUCUUUUUUUAAACAGUAGAAAGCAGCGGUUAAAAAUGACUCUUCUUCAGGUUUAUUCAUUUUAAACGUGCAGUAAAGGUUCCAUCAUGUCUCACAUUUAGACAUGAAUAAAUAUUGUUGAUGUUGAGACUUUACUAUGAUUUCACAUAAACUGUUCAUGGAUUGAUUCAUGGAGCACAAGGGCCCAAAAUGUUCAACAAUGUUUUCAUUUUAAGAUUUUUCUGCCACUGAAACAGAUUUUAAACAAAUUCCAUAAAAUAACCAAAAACCAACAUCCUGUGAGUCUCAAUACUUUCUGACCCGUCUACUCAUUCUGCACUCUUAACUGGACCAUUUAUGCAAAAGUCUGUAAAUAACAUGUUUGAAUAAAAAAAAAGUCCAAAAUAUAAGUCCAUAUUCUGUUUGUGCAGAGUGUCAGAUAAAGAUCAUUAUUAUACGUUUGUGUGUAGAAUUAUAAUCCAGAUGUGGCUGCGUAGGAUUGUUACCAAAAGUCCAAAACUAAAAUCUGUCGCUUUAUUUAUACGACUUCUUUUCAUUAAAGAAAGUUGAUUUAAUGAAAGCAAACUAACUCGAUCAAUACGCUGAAUCACUUUGUUCAAAUUGAGGAUUUAGUUCACGGAUUUGUACUUUUUUUUUUUUUUAGGGGCUCAGGUUUUCUUCGAUAAAAGUAG